GGAUAUGGGGGAGCCGCCGCACAGGCCCGUCUGAUCCACAGAAACACACAAAGAGCUGGAGCCGCCGGAGGAGGAGGAGGAGGGAACCGGUUCUGACCCAUCCCGGAGCAGCAGGAGACACGAUUCCGCUCGACCCAAUGGACUGAGAGGACAGAUGAAUGAAGACUGCCUACACUAACGCCUAUCGAUGCCUGGCCAAGGACCUGGACGCGUACGCCAUGAACCCGGACAUGACAAUGGACGGCCUGGGCAGCCUCCACGGCGGGGGCCCUGACGCGGAGCUGAUGAGCGGCGGCUCCUCGGGCCUCCGGAUCCACCAGGACCUGGCGCCGCGGCCGGCCAUGGUGUCCGGGAUGAUCCUGGAGGGCAGCGGGGAGUACCGGCCGGAGCUGUCGCUGCCGCUGCACCGCAUGAGCGUCCCGUGCGACGCCGCGUCCCCCGGGAUGAGCGGCACCUACACCACCCUGACCCCGCUGCAGCCGCUGCCGCCCAUCUCCACCGUGUCCGACAAGUUCCACCACCAUCACCACCACCACCACCACCAGCGGCUGCCCGGGAACGUCAGCGGCAGCUUCACCCUGAUGCGGGACGAGCGCGGGCUGCCGGGGAUGAACAACAUCUACAGCCCGUACAAGGACCACAUGUCCGGGAUGGGUCAGAGCCUGUCCCCGGUGCUGGGCAACGGCCUGGGCUCCAUCCACAGCGCCCAGCAGGGGCUCCACAACUACGGCUCCAGCUCGCACGCAACCCACGACAAGAUGCUGAACUUCGACCACCAGCACCGAGGCCUCGGUGGCCCGCCGGCCGGGAUGAUGCCGCACCUGAACGGCAUGCACCACCCGGGCCACCCCCACCCGCACCUCCAGUCGCCGUCGCACGGGCCGGUGUUGGCGUCCACGCGGGAGCGGCCGCCCUCCUCCUCGGGGACGGCGGGGGGCGGCGGGUCGGGGCAGCUGGAGGAGAUCAACACCAAGGAGGUGGCGCAGAGGAUCACCGCGGAGCUGAAGCGGUACAGCAUCCCGCAGGCCAUCUUCGCCCAGCGGGUGCUGUGCCGCUCCCAGGGGACGCUGUCCGACCUGCUGCGGAACCCCAAGCCCUGGAGUAAACUAAAGUCCGGCCGGGAGACCUUCCGGAGGAUGUGGAAGUGGCUGCAGGAGCCCGAGUUCCAGCGGAUGUCGGCGCUCAGGUUGGCAGCAUGCAAGCGGAAGGAGCAGGACACGGGGAAGGAUCGCAACAACACACCAAAGAAGUCGCGGCUGGUCUUCACCGACCUGCAGCGGCGCACCCUGCUGGCCAUCUUCAAGGAGAACAAGCGGCCGUCCAAAGAGAUGCAGCUCACCAUCUCGCAGCAGCUGGGCCUCGAACUCACCACAGUCAGCAACUUCUUCAUGAACGCCCGCCGCCGGAGCCUGGACAAAUGGACAGACGACGGCGCCAGCCCCGCCCAGUCCUCGGCGUCCAGCACUUGUACCAAAGCAUGAUAGAAGACGGAGAAACGGAGAUACGGGGACAAACCGGGACAAACCGGGACAGACCGGUCGGGGGGGUCAAGGUUUCGUCCGGUUGAAGCGAAA